AGAAAGGAGAACAGCGAGUCAGAGGCAGUUUGAUGGAGAACAGACUGGUUCUUAUCAUUAUAGAAAACGUUUCUAUUGUGUUUCUAUUAAAAAAAUCUCAGAAGACGACUAGCAGAGAUGGAGGAAGAGGUUUAUGACGUGCAGGAUCUGAUGGUGAUCAAAGAGGAGAAGAACUGGAGUCCCAGACCCGACCAGGAGGACCAGAACCCUCCACAGAUUAAAGAGGAACAGGAGGAGGAUGACAUCACUGAGUUUAUAUUCAAUCCUGUGAAGAGUGAAGAUGAUGAAGAGAAACCUCAACUUCCAGAGCUUCAUCAUAACCAAACUGAGGAAAGCGAAGACUUUGUUGGACCAGAACCAGAUAAACGUUUAGAAUCAGAUGUUGAAGAUAAAACUUCUGAUUCUUCUUCAGAGUCCUCAGAGACGGACAUCAGCGAUGGAAACUGGGAGGGGAGCAGUGAAGCUCAGUCAAGUUUGGGAUCUGCAACCAAUAACACAGAUCCAGUUUGUGAGAAAGUCGUCCAGAAGGUGGUGGUGAUCAAAGAGGAGCUUCCUGCUGAGGAGGAGACCUGCAAUCCCAGACUGGAUCAGGAGGAAAAGAAGCCUUUGCAGUUUAAAGAGGAGCAGGAGGAGAAUGAGAUUAUAAAAUUUAUAUUCAACACUGUGAAGAGUGAAGAUGAAGAGAAACCUCCACUCUUAGAACUUCAUCACAACCAAACUGAGGGGAACAGAGACUCCGUUGGACCAGAAGCAGAACAAUAUGUAGAAUCAGAUGUUGAAGAUAAAAAUAUGGGUUCGUCUUCAGAUUCCUCAGAGAUGGACAUCAGUGAUGAAAACGGGGAGGAGAUCUUUGAAACUCAGGCAGGUUUUGGAUCUGGGAAAAUUAAAAAAGUUCUCGUUGGUGAAAGAGGUUUCAGUCCUGGUUCUCUGGAGAGUGAAGAUGAUGAAGAGAAAGCUCAGCUUCAUCAUGGCAAAACCAAGGAGAACAGAGAUUCUAUGGAACCAGAUGAAUGUUUAGAAUCAGAUCCUGAAGACAAAACGUCUGAUUCACAGACGGACGUCAGUGAUGGAAACUGGGAGCAGAGUGUUCAAACACAAUUAGUGACCAAUAGUGAGUCCUCUGGUCGUUUCAGCUGCUCUGAAUGUAGUAAAAGCUUCACUCGCAGACGAUAUUUAUCAGAACACCAGAGAAUCCACACAGGAGUGAAACCCUUCAGCUGCUCCAUCUGCAGCAGAGCUUUUAGAUGGAAAAACGGAUUAGUGCGACACAUGAAAUCUCACAGUGGAGAAAAACCUUUUAGCUGCUCAGACUGUGACAAAACAUUUUCUUCUAAGAAGAAUUUGAUGGAACACACAAAGGUUCACUCAGGGGAAAAACCUUACACUUGUUCCAUCUGUAACACAUCUUUUAAGAGAGCACACACCUUGAAAGACCACAUCAGAACGCACACUGGAGAGAGACCCCAUAAGUGCUCGAUCUGCAGCCAAAGCUUCAGGUACCGGUCCUAUCUAGUUGUUCAUAUAAGAGGUCACGCAGAAGAAAAACCAUUCAGCUGUCCCACCUGCAAAGCAACGUUCAAACGGAAACUCACAUUAGAGGAACACAUCAGAACCCACACUGGAGAGAAACCUUACAGCUGCUCGCUGUGCAGUAAAAGCUACGUCCGCUAUAUAAGCCUGUCUCGUCACAUGAGGUGUCACACAGGGGAGAAACCGUACAGCUGCUCCACCUGUCAGGCCACGUUCAGGUGGAGACAUGCCUUUGUGAAUCACACAAAGAUCCAUCCAGCAAUAUAACCGCUCAGCUGCAAAGCUGACAUUGGAGAUGAGAAAAACAAAGAACACCUUCCAGCUGGUCUGUUAGCAAAACAGCUUUUCAAAGAACCUAAACUCUAUAGGACAACAUUGAAAGUAAAUAUAAAGGGAAGCUGUUCAACUGUAACAGUUUUUUGUACAUAAAUCUAGUUAUAAAAAUGUAGCUGUAUUGCAGUGAGUUCAAUUGUUCUGGACUGAAUGUAACUCUUAAAAUUGUUGUGAAUUUGUGCCAGUUAAAUAAACUGAAUUGUUCUCAUUGUUC